UCGGUGGAACCUGGUUCCAAACCAUCUAACUCGUGUCACCGAUUUGUGGCCGCUUUACAUGGAAAGUUUGAAACCGCUGAAAACUUACAUAAAAGCUACACCAUUGACAAACCUUUAAAACAAAUGAAGUUAUCCAAUGACUAUUUCUUUAAAAACCCACAACCUGAAGGACGAUUUAAUACCACAGUCUUAACACCGAAUACACACCGAAAUUCGGAAUAUGUCCUCCUACCACUUCCAAAACCAAGUGUCACACAAUCGGUACCAAUAAAGGGUAGUUUUAAUAGAACUAUUGACGUGGUUGUUAAAGAUUUUCGCAACGAGUGCUUUGAUGUGAAAGGCGCAAAUUCACCAAUGAAAGAGCAGUCGAAUUUAUUCAAGAAUGGGCGAAAUAAAAUGGUACUAGUGGGACGAGUGGACUUUUGCUUAAAAAUUCAUAAGCAAUACCCAACGUUGGAUGCCUUAUGGGAUGUUUACGGGCAAUUAAAAAAGAUAAUUACUGGAAAACAAAGAGGAGAAAAUGUUUUAUUGUUGCGAAAUUUCGAUGGAGGUCCAAUACUGCAAAGUAUUUAUUAUGACUUUACGUUAAUUGGAUUAGAUUCAGGUUGUUAUUUACGAGCCGUUGGUCGUUUUAUUGGGGAAAAUCGGCUCCAGACGUUCAAACUAAACAGGAUCGAAGAGGAAGAGUACAUGCAGUCGAUUCGGUACUUUAACCGAAUUCAAAACGUUUCCUCCUUUGCGCUGCUACAGAGUGGAAAUUAGAAUUUACUUCAAAAAUUUUAAAACAUAGUGAAAUAAAUUUUUUUAAACAUCAAAUAUAUGAGAAUAA